UUCGCCCAGCUCGGCCUUCCCAGGCCCUCCCGCGCCGCUCAAGAUGGCCGCGGCCGUACGGCCAGCCGCGGAGCCGUGGAACCGCGUGAAGAUCCCCCAGGCGGGGAACUGCAGCACACUGACAGUGCAGGAUCCCAGCGCCACCCUGGAUGUCUGCAUUGCAGCUGUCAUCAAAGCAUGCCACCUCGUCACACGGUCACUCAAGAGCCGGACCUUAGAUGCGGAAGUGGACGUGCUGUGCUCAGUUCUCUACAGCAAUCACAACAGGCUGGGCCACCACAGGCAACAUUUGGCCCUCAGACAGGUAGAACAGUGCUUAAAACGAUUGAAACACAUGAAUUUGGAGGGCUCCAUUGAAGACCUGUCACAGUUGUUGUCCGCCAAUAAAACUCAGCCUGGAGCUACCGAAAACCGUGUGGUGCCCAGCCAGCCGGUGAUGGAGGUGGUGCUGAUGAAGGUUUUGGGAGGCUGCAAGUUGUUGCUGCGCUUGUUGGACCGCUGCUGCAAGACGUUUCUGUUGACUGUGAAGCACUUAGGGCUACGCGAGUUCAUUAUUUUGAACCUUGUGAUGGUUGGGCUGGUGAGCAGGUUAUGGGUUCUCCAUAAAGGACUCUUGCGACGGCUGAUUUCCUUAUAUGAGCCAUUGCUUGGAUUGCAUCAGGAGAUCUCCAGGAUUCAGCCCAUGCCUUACUUCAAAGAUUUUGCCUUUCCCUCCAACAUCACUGACUUUCUAGGCUCCUCUUACCUUGAUAUCUUUAAGGGAAAAACCCCUGCAUCUUUUGCUCCUAAAGGAGUAACUAAGCUGCUAAAUAAACUGUUUUUAAUGAAAGAGCAACUAUCAGAGACCAAUGGAGACACCUUGGAUAAACUUUCCCAACCAUGUGAACAAAUGAAAAGCAGCCCACAGAGCAGCGUGGACCUGGGGCAGCCAGUGAAAGCGUGUAAAAGGACCCGAAAAGAAAAGCCAUUGGGAUUUGACGUGCGGGCUUUCUGCACAAGACUCCGAAACAAAGCUACUCAGGAGACCAGCCAACAGUUUAAAUAUUCCCAAUCCAAACCGAAGACAACCAAACUUUCCUCUCAGAAAUUGAGAACUCACUGGGCUAAUGAUACUGUGCAAAGAAUCCGAAUGACCAAGACAUUCACCCAACUUUCUGAAGAAAUCCAAAUGGCAAUUGCGUGGUCCCGGAGCAAAAAGCUCAAGGCUCAGGCCAUCUAUCUGGGCAACAAACUUCUUAAGACUAAUAGGCUUAGACAUGUGGAAUCUCAAGGUUACAGUUUGCCGAAGAAGCUUCAGUGCAUGAAAACAUCUCUUUGCAAGGGCCUUCUCCGAGGCUUCAGUGUCAGCACUUCAAAGCACCCUCCCAGACAAAGAAGAUCAAAGUAUAAAGUUUUAUCAAGACAAAGGAAACCACAGAGAAAGUUACAGUCAACUCUUAUAAAGGAAACCCAGCAGGUCCCUGAAGGGACUCUGAAAACCACUAGGGACAGCAGUGCUAAGAAGAGAUGCUCUGGUGGGACAGUUCAGAGGUCAGAUGUCUGUCUGAAUGGAGAGCAGGUCUUGAGCAAACUUGCAAAGCCUGACCUAAAAGCUAAGAAGAUGGGGGUCCAUGGGAAUCUGAGAGGGGGCGGUGGAAGUGAAACCGGCCUGCGGACGAAGAGACAGGUGCACAUGCACAGUGCGCCAGGCACCGCUCAAGAGGCAGAUGACAUUGAUGAUAUUUUUGCUUUGAUGGGAGUUUAGAUGUACUUAGGUGAAACUUCUGAGCAGUUAACAAGCUGGUCCAGUGUUCUGCUGUUUUAAGGGGUAUUGCUAAGAUCUGGAAACACUGCUUAGGCUGAGAGCUGCGUCUGUGCAGUAUUCCAGUGUGUGCAUUCCAAUUCAAUAAACAUUGACAGCAGCGUUGUGUAAGUUAA